ACUUUUCUAUCGGUCACUGUUUGAACAUGUGUUGCUUUACGACUAUCAAACCGAUAUAAGUUUCUCACGUUCGUAGCAUAGAACUUUAUGGAUCUAGGAAUAAUUUAGGAGUGAGAGUAAUAUGGAAAAGUUGGUUGCCACUGCCCAAAUAUUUUCAAGAAAUUUUCAUAAUGACGACGAUUUCAUAGAUCGUAUUAAUCACCGAUAUACGACAAGUAUUCUUCUUAUAUUUAGUAUGAUAGUUUCUACGAAACAAUACGUUGGAGAACCAAUCAAUUGUUGGUGUCCCGCUCAUUUUACUACAAGUCAUGUAGCAUAUGCGAAUUCAGUUUGUUGGGUUAAAAAUACUUAUUACGUUCCUCCCUCUACAUUUCAUAUAAAUAAUAACGCACCAAAGAAGAUGAUUGUCUAUUAUCAAUGGGUUCCGAUGAUUCUUCUAUGUUUGGGGAUGAUUUUAUACAUUCCCCGAUUAUUUUGGAAAAUGAUGAACGGUAGAUCAGGAAUAGAAAUAAAUGAUAUGGUUGAAGCUGCCAGUGCCUUACAAAUAACUAAAAAAGAAAAAGGUAUAGACUCGGCUGCAGGGAUAGUAUUAAACGCUUCUUUAGAAUUACUAGCCGUUGCUGUGGAACAAGCUCUGGAAAUUAUUUAG